AUGGAAUCUCAUUCAUCGAUCUCGGUAAACCCUCAAGAAAUGCCAUUUCGAUCUGACGCCAGGAAUGCAAAUGUAUUGGAUGUUCAAGAUCGCGGCUUUAAAAUUGAUAUCAAAAAUGAUGAUGACAUUAAAAUCGAAGACACACAUAUAGAAAUGGAUAACGAAGCCAAUGAAGAUUGUGGCGUACAGAUCAAGCGUGAGCUUAUUGAUGAAGGUAUUAGGACAGAGGAAAAGCUAUUAGAAGAUUCCAAAACACAAAAUACAGAAAUCAACAUUCCGUGUAUUGACUUGGAAGAUCCUGGAGCGAUGAAACCAAGUUCAUCUAUUUUAUCUCCCACGGUUAUAGAUUUGGAUGUUUCUAAAGUAACAAAAUCCAAAUCUGCGAACACUUCGCCAGAAAAUUUCCAUCAACAUGCCCCAGAGAGUGGCAAUUUGAGUGUCGAAGAAAACGAUUGUUUCAUAGAGGUGAAAUGUGAUGUACUUCUUAAUGAAGAUAUUGGGAUGGAAGAACAACAAUUGAAAUCUUCCAAAGAAACUGAUAUUAUAUGUAUAGACUUGGACAACGUUGAAACUGAUUUAAAUGUACAGGCAUCUUUAAAUCAGAAAAAUACGAACAACAAUAACAAUGAAGAAAAUGUUGGAGCUGAAAAAGGAGCCAAGAAACAAAAACAGCCAUUUGAAUAUUUAAAAAACCUCAAAACUACACACAAAUGGGUUUCGACAAAUUAUAAGUCUAAGCCAAAACGGGUACAGAAAAAACCUUCCAAAGAACAAAAACAAAAACAACCAGCAUAUAAACGAAAAGUCAGUAAUUCGGAAUAUAUGCGAAAAUUCUACGAUUAUCAUUUAAUAGAGCCACAAUGGAAUGAUACCGAUAGAACUGGAAAGUUAAGAGAAAUUGAUACCGACGAUGAAGUAAAAAUAUUCGUUAAUGAUGAAACGAUUAAAAUAAUAACCAAAAAUGAACACAACACAUCUGUAAACACCAACAAUCCUAUAUACAUUGACGAUGGAGUAAACAUAGUCGAUCUAACACAAAACAUUGAAGACGACAAGGAAAACAUACCAACGAAUUCCAAUCAAAGAAAUGUCUUUUUAAAAAGUGAUAAUGAUUACGAUGAUAUUGAAAUGAUCUGUGACCUAUCUGCAUCAUCAGGACAUUCCAAGUCUUCACAAGGAACAUCAACAUGUAGUGCAUCAUUGGUUAAUAGUAAUAUCCAGAUAGAUGACGGCUUAACUAUAAUCAAUGUAGAACAUUUAGAUACAUCUGAAACCAUUGUUGUAGGAGAUAAAAAGAUGUCCUCCACUAGCACACAUGUGAAUCAUCGAGAGUCAUCUUUAAAUGAAAGCUUCAGUUGUAGAGAAAAUCCUUAUGAGUCUAAAUUAAUUACUGAAUCUACAAUGCAGUUAGUGGCAAAAGAUAUAUUGGACAAGUAUUUACCAGUAGCAAGAGGGAAUAACGAGCCAAUUAUUAAGACCGAUCGAAUACAAAUACAUGAUGGUCAUACCGUUAUUGAUCUCCAUGAUUUAGUUGACGUUGACAUAGAUACUAGUUCAAAAUAUUAUCAGGAUAAUAUGGAUGGAAUUCAAGUAGUUAGUGAAAUUUCUUUAAAUCAAAAUUUUCCAUAUAAUUGUGACAAUAACAAUACAACUAAUGGUAAAAACAACAAUAAUACCAUAACACAGAAUAUUGCAAAUGAGGACUCCGUCGAAACAGAUGACAGCAGUCCCACAGAGAACGAACCAAUAAACGAUAUAAAUUUGGACGAUGAAAAAGGUAUUUUAGACUUAUCCACAACUGGCAACAAAUCACUUGAAAAUAUGCAGAACAGCAAGAAACCACAAAAUAAUAGUUGCGAAAUAAUUGAUGAGGAAAAUGUCCUUGAUUUAUCCAUAACUGGCAAAGUGUCAUUAAAGAAUUUACAAGACAUUAGCAGCGGAGCAGAUGGAGAUAAGGACAUACAUAACGAUAUUCCAAAUGCUGCUGAUACACCUCAGGCUAUAGAUUUUUCCACUACGGUUUUAAACGCAUCUGUUGUAACAGCUAUAAAUAGUACGGAAAAUGCUAUGGCUGCUCUUAAUAAGGAAUCAGAUACUGAUAAUGAAGAUAAUAUUCUCGAUUUAUCUACACAUGGCAAAGUUUAUUUAGUGGAAGAUUUAACUCCGAUAAAUGUAAAGCCCUUCUUACAGUCUCUAAAACUAGCGAAUAUAAAUAUUAAUACCAACCAUAUCCCCGACGAAAAUACUGCAACGACGAUUAAUAUUAGAGAAGAUGACGUAAAAAAGCCAAGUAAUAAUUCACAGGAUGUCCCGUCACAAAUUUUGACUAAUGAAACGACAGAUGUUACAAUCCAUUUGGAUUCCAGCUUAAAAUCUCAUGAAGUUGACAAUCAAAACAAUGGCCCUAAGACAAAACCAUUUAUCGAAACAUUGUCCGACAAAAAGAAAGAAGAAAAUGUAUUUCCUAAUAAAAUUGAAGAUGAAAGUAAUAUAAAAACUACUAUAGAAGGAAAUGAUCGGCCAAUGAAAACUUCAUUAUUUGCCCACGUAUCUGCAGAUGUACAUGAUGACGAAAAUGAUACACCGUUGGAAGUCAAUACCAAUGGGAAUGUAGUGGUGACGACCUUCGAAGAAAUAUGUACUUCAAAAACUUCAGAUGUAAAACCUGCCAAAGAAGACGACAAAGGUAUUAAUGUUGAAAAUUGUGUACAGAAUUUUUCUAAUGAAUCUACAGGUAAUUUUAUUAACGAAAGUGAAACAAAUAAACAAAUUCUAAAUAUCAUAGAUGAAUUGAGUGAUAUAUUUGAUGACGAAUUCGAUAUGGAAGCGACAAAUGAAAAUCAUACAUAUGGAGCAAAUGAGUUGCUAGCAGCAAUUGAUGAAGUAUUUUCGGAAUUAAAAACAUCAAAAUCGCCUGUGGGAAAAUGUGUAUCGACGGCAGGAGGACUGCCACUAGAACAUAAUGCUGAGAACGACUACAUGGCUCCAAGAACUCAGAAAAAGGUGUUAAAUGAUCCAGAAUUAAAAUCUUCAAAAACUUCGGUGGAAACCGCUACUUCUUCAGUUGGAAAACAGUCUCUAGAUUGUAAGAUUGUCAGUGUUUGUAAAGAUAAUGAAGAAACCCUCGAAAAAAGUGAAACAAAUUUAAAUAAUUUAAAAGUAGUUGAAGAUAAUCUCGAAAUAAUAGCAACAACUGAAAAUUCUAUGACGUCAAUCAGUGAAAAGUCCUUAUCAUCAAGAUCUCAGACAGAUGUGAAAAUUCUAGAAACAAUGGAAGAUACAAACAAUAAUCACCAUGUAUAUAAAGAAUUCGAUCAAACAUUACAGAAUAAUGAUGUUAUCAAAAUGUCGACAGAAUCUUUAAACAAGAAUGAUUCUCAUCCAUAUGCCAAAAGUCUAAUUAAAUCAAAUAACAUUUCGAUAAAAUCUAACAUAAACUCAACCAAAUAUUUAGAUAAAGAUGUGAAUAAAACAACGAAAACAUGUGAAACUAAAACCACCGAAGCCCUUGAGGAAGAUACUGAAGAGAUAUCUGAAAAUAAAUGUACGAAAUCAGAUAUGACCGAUGUCAAAACGAUCGAACCUAAAUCGAAUAAUAUGCAAGCAUCAACAAAUUUUAAUGCAGAACUCAAUAACGCUCCUUUUAAUUUGAAAAUAACUGCAGUAGUAUCUAUUCCGAAGCAAGAAUAUAUAGAAAAUUGCGAAUUGGAGCAAAAUCGAAAUAUUAAUGAACUAUUGAAAGUAAAAACUGAAGAAAAGUUCGAAAAUAAUAAAGACGUUGAAAUUAAAUAUGAAGAAGAAGACGCUAUGCAUUUUUGUCAUCAUGAUUUAAAGCCGUUAAAAGACGAAUGCAACGAUGACUCAAAGGAGACAAAUUCAGUAAAUGAUAUGAAAUAUGGAGAUAAUCACUCGAUUUCAGAACAUGGAUUACUAACUGGAGCAAGUGAAGUGAAAACAGAGGAGAAUUCUGAUGAUUUUACUAAACAAAAGUAUAUUGAAUUGGAUGAGUUACCCGUGCCAGAUAUUAAGGAUGAUGAUUCCGUAAAUUUAGAUGACGGCGAAUAUAUGCAUGACAAUUCAGAAGAUUCAAAAUCCGAAUUAACAACAUUAAGCAAUAUUACAGACGAUUGUCAAGAUGAAUUAUUGGAUCAAAUUGAAAUAACUACUUCAGAAGAUACAAGUAUUUCGGAUACAAGUGAUAAUAGGAGAAUUAGAAAGAAGAACUUGUUUACUCGUCCCAGCGAUUCAGUGUAUUUUAAAAGGCCACCAACGAAAAGAAGAAAAAUGGAACCACUAUGUGAAAAACGGCGUAAAAUUAAUAAAAAGGCAAAAAAG